AUGGCGACCAUCGACGUGAGCUCGCACCGGACUGACUUCCUGGCAGACAAGGUCCUGUUGCAGCAACUUCCGCCCGAAUUACUGCAAAUCAUCCGCAGUCACAACCCCACCAAUUUUCUCGAUGCCGUAGCUGCAGCGGCGCUGAUACCCCAAGCCACCCACCACGUCUUCGCCUACUUCGAGACUAUCUUCGCCGACAUUUCCGCAAGAUGGCUUCUCAGAUCCCGGAACGAAGGCCAGGAGGACCGGAUUAUCGCGGCUUUUGCGAGAAUUCUUCCGUUUGCACCUUACUUGUCUGUUUUCCUCGAACAGUAUAUAAGUGAGACCUCAGGCGCGAAUGAGAUGAACUUGACAAAAUCCAAGAUCAACUCGCUGGACGCGCCACACAUUGAUAAGUCCCCAGCAGAAAAGCUUGUCCCGAUACUUCUUGCCGUAUGGCGUUUAUUGAAUUUUGACAAGAAAACAUUCCGUCAACAUGUUCAGCCAUCUCAUAUGCAAGCCCUAUUCAAGAACCCCCGAUUGUCAGUGAGAUACCUCGCUAUAAGGAUAUUUUGCCAACUGCUUGCCGCAUCCGACCUUAAACUAGACGCACUCCUCCGAGAGCACGUUGAAAGUAACCAAGGGGCAGGGGACUCGUUAAUUGACGACAUUGACGGACAAGAGCUUGACCUCACAUUCCUGUCUUUAUUCGAGCAACAGAGAGCCAGGGAAUUAGAUGCUCUUCGACAUGAUGUGAAAACCUCGUCUCGCGAAAUCCCCGUCGAAAGAUUCCAAUUGCAGAAUCUCACACCUUUGACUGUGUGUUAUGGAUCGACCGUGAUACCCAGACCUCUGGGGGCUGCAAAGUCCCCCUCGGCCCUGGUGCUUACGCCGACGACUUUAACUAAUCUAGAAGGACUCUCGCAAUGCCUCCAACAAUCAGGACCAAUUCUUCUCCAUGGUCUUCCAGGAUCUGGAAAGACAUCCUCCGUACAAGAAAUGGCCCGCGAACUCGGUAUGGACUCAACCAUGGUGACACUCCACCUCAACGAGCAGACAGACGCGAAGAUGCUCAUCGGUCUGUACUCGACCGACUCGAAGCCAGGCUCGUUCUCAUGGCGGCCUGGCGUGAUCACUACAGCGGUCAAGGAAGGACGUUGGGUUCUUAUUGAAGAUCUUGACAGAGCACCGAACGAGGUUAUGAGCACGCUGUUGCCUUUGGUCGAACGCGGCGAGCUAAUAAUCCCGAGUCGGGGGGAACGAAUACAAGCACCAAGUGGGUUUCGUCUUUUCGCCACAGUUCGUACCACCAAAGGAAUGAAUGGCCAGGAGGGCCUCCCGACGCUGCUUGGUCAGAGGUUCUGGCAUUCGCUUGCUGUGAAAAUGCCGACGUCCGGAGAACUCGAGACCAUUAUACUUGGAACAUACCCCAUGCUUCACAGAUUCCUGCCGCAUAUAAUAGCGGUCUACAAUAGACUCCGCAGUCUGCCAACCAGGUCUUCAAUGGUUGCAGGCAGAGGAAUCUCGGAUCGUCCUGUUACCCCUCGAGACCUCAUGAAAUGGUGCCGGCGACUGAACGAGCUGCUCAUAGUGGCGGGUUGCAAGUCUGGCGAUGAACCCAUCACCGAAACCAUCAAGGACUGGAUGUUCAUGGAGGCGGUUGACUGCUUCUGUGGCAGCAUCCCAAAUCUGGAAGUCAAGACCGUGCUCGUUGCCGGUAUUGCUCGCGAGAUGCAUAUGCCCCCAGAGCGAGUGGAACAUUACUUACGAGCACACAUUCCUCCACUAGAGGAACACUCCAAAAUUUUUCGAGUCGGCAGAGCAUCUCUAACUCGGCGACCAAACCGGGUGGUCAAGUCCCGAAAACCCUUCGCAAACACUAGCCAUGCCAAGAGACUUCUGGAACAGAUUGCGGUCGCUAUAAAAUUGCGGGAACCCGUACUUCUGGUGGGAGAGACUGGCAUUGGCAAAACAACUGUUGUCCAGCAGCUUGCAGAUUCAUUGGGCCACAAGCUAGUUGCUGUGAACUUGUCGCAGCAGAGCGAAGUUGGCGAUCUCCUGGGAGGCUUCAAACCCGUGAAUGUACGCAGUCUCGCGGUUCCCUUGAAGGAGGAGUUCGAAGACUUGUUUGCGUGCACAGGCAUUGCUGCAGACAAAAACAAGAAGUACCUGGAGCAACUCGGGAAAUCCAUGGCGAAGGGCCAGUGGGUCAGAGUAUCAAAGCUGUGGCGCGAGGCACCGAAGAUGUUCAAGAAGAUUGUGAGCGAACGGCAGAAAAGGGAAGCAACUGCCAAUGGGGCUGCUGCCGAGCAUGAACCAGUCGUGAAACGACGGAAGACGGCAUCAAAGCUUCAGUCACUCCUUGACUUGAGACCACGCUGGGAAGCUUUUGAGCAAAGUCUCGACCAAUUUGACGUCCAGAUUUCAGGAGGCUCGGGGACCUUUGCCUUCGCUUUUGUUGAAGGAAACAUAGUAAAGGCCGCCAGGAACGGCGACUGGGUGCUACUCGACGAGAUCAAUCUUGCCUCGCCAGACACACUAGAGAGCAUUGCGGACCUUCUGGCCUCCGGCCCCAAUGAUGAGCCUUCGAUUCUCCUGUCAGAGACUGGUGAGAUCGAGAGAGUGAAGGCACACCCGGAGUUUCGGAUAUUUGGCGCCAUGAAUCCGGCUACUGACGUGGGCAAACGGGAUUUACCCCUUGGGCUCCGAUCGCGAUUUACGGAACUUUACGUCUCCAGCCCUGACAAGGACCUCAAAGACCUGCUUAUCAUUAUCAAGGCCUAUCUGAAGGAGAACAGUCGUACCGAUGAGCAGGCCGCCGACAAUAUUGCGAGGUUAUAUCUCAAGACCAAGCAGUUAGCCGAUGAAAAGCGGUUAGUUGAUGGUGCUGGCGAGGUGCCUCACUUCAGCUUGCGAACACUCACUCGCGUACUGAGCUACGUCGAUGAGAUUGCGCCGAUUUACGGCCUCCACCGAUCACUGUACGAAGGCUUCUCCAUGGGAUUUCUUACUCUUUUGAGCAAAGAAUCAGAAGAUAUUUUAGUACCUGAGAUCCGUCAUUAUCUCCUGGAGAACCAUGGUAAUACGAAGUACACUGUGAAGUCUCUGCUCUCGCAGCCUCCAAAGCGACCUCGAGAUGACAAGCAGUACGUGCAAUUUCAGAACAAAGAUAGGAACCGCCACUAUUGGCUGCUCCAGGGCAAUGAAAUCCCGCGAGCACGAGAAGACUACAUCAUCACGAGAUCUAUCGAGCGUAAUCUUCUGAAUCUUGUGCGAGCCACUUCUACCCGCCGUUUCCCAGUUCUCAUACAAGGACCGACAUCAUCUGGCAAGACCAGUAUGAUCGAGUAUUUGGCCGAUUUCAGCGGCAACAAAUUCGUGCGUAUCAACAACCAUGAACAUACAGAUCUUCAAGAGUACCUGGGUACUUAUGUUUCUGGCUCUGACGGGAAGCUACGCUUCCAGGAGGGUCUGCUGGUUCAAGCCCUCCGCCAAGGACACUGGAUAGUCCUUGAUGAACUAAAUCUUGCCCCAACAGACGUGUUGGAGGCACUCAAUCGGCUGCUUGACGAUAAUCGAGAAUUGCUAAUACCCGAGACUCAAGAAAUCGUCCGUCCCCACGAAAAUUUUAUGCUUUUCGCGACACAAAAUCCACCUGGCUUAUACGGUGGAAGAAAAAUGUUAUCUCGUGCCUUCCGCAACCGAUUCCUUGAGCUCCACUUCGAUGACAUUCCCGAAGACGAGCUCGAGACGAUUUUGCAGAGACGCAGUGUUUAUACGGCACCGUCCGAUUGCGAGAGGAUCGUCAAGGUCUACAAGGAACUUUCCAGGCUUCGGCAAACAAGCAGGCUCUUCGAAAACAAGGACAGUUUUGCGACCUUGAGAGAUCUCUUCCGGUGGGCUUUGCGUGGUGCUGCAAUUCGUGUUCCUACUUCACCAGGGGCGUCACCACGAGAGGAGAUGGCAAACCAUGGCUACAUGCUGUUAGCAGAACGUGUUCGCAAUGAGGAAGAACGUGUUGAAGUCAAACAGGUGAUUGAAAACGUGUUCAAGGUCCAGAUCGAAGCCGAUCGCCUCUAUGACGCCUCCAAGUCCCCAUAUCUUACUCGACUUGGAUCGACCCAAAAUACCCAUGGGGUUGUCUGGACUCAUGCCAUGCGGCGCCUCUAUGUUUUGGUUGCUCAGGCGCUGGUCAAUGAUGAACCUGUACUCCUGGUAGGCGAGACUGGGUGCGGAAAGACCACAGUCUGCCAGCUCCUUGCCGAAGCUCUCGGGAAAGAACUUCACAUCGUGAAUGCACACCAGAAUACGGAGACCGGCGACCUGAUUGGAUCACAACGACCCGUGAGAAACCGAGCAGCUGUCGCGGAUGUUUUGCUUCAGGACCUUGCCCAGGUCUUUACUCUACUUGAGCAGGACUUGGAUGGCGACGUGGACAUUCUUCAGAGGUAUCACAGUCUCGCUGCUUCAGAUUUGUCCCGAAUUCCCGAGGAUGUACAGGGCAGGAUCGCGAUGAACGAAGUCAAGAGCAAAGCACUCUUCGAGUGGGCUGACGGAAGUCUGGUCCAUGCAAUGAAGAAUGGUUCAUUCUUCUUGCUCGACGAGAUCUCACUGGCAGACGACUCUGUGCUAGAGAGACUCAACUCGGUGCUUGAGCCCCAGCGCACGUUGUUGCUGGCGGAGAAAGGCAUUGACAACUCUUUCAUCAAGGCGAACGAGGGUUUCCAAUUCUUCGCAACCAUGAACCCAGGUGGCGAUUUUGGCAAGAAAGAACUUUCCCCAGCGCUCAGGAAUCGUUUCACCGAGAUCUGGGUCCCAGCAUUGUCUGACUCUCGGGAUGUCUCGCAGAUUGUCUCGUCCAAGUUGAAACCAGAAUUCCAAGACUUCGCAGCCGUCAUAGUGGACUUUUCGUACUGGUUCGGUCGCCAAUUUAGAUCCACGGCCUCCACAGCAUUCUCUAUUCGAGAUAUCCUAGUCUGGGUCAAGUUUAUCAAUGAGAGUCGCACCAUGGAAGGAGUUUCUGCCCUGAUACACGGCGCCUCCACCGUCUUCAUUGACACACUUGGCGCUAACCCAUCGGCUCUGAUAGCUGCCGAUCCCAGGAAUAUGGACAGCCAGCGACAGCAGUGCCUCGACCGACUCAGUCAACUCCUCAAGCGUGAUGCUACCAAGAUUUAUAGAGCGUCUCUUCAUCUUUCAGUCGAAGCUAAUGCGUUGAGAAUAGGCGAUUUCAGCAUCGCUCGCGUGGCAAAUGACAACUUCGAGGCAGGUUUUGCUCUGCAUGCGCCGACCACGAAAUUGAACGCAAUGAGGGUUAUUCGUGCUCUUCAAGUGCAGAAACCUAUCCUCUUGGAAGGUAGUCCUGGAGUUGGCAAAACAACCUUGAUUGGCGCCCUGGCACGGGCUUGUGGACAACCUUUGACAAGAAUCAAUUUGUCCGAUCAGACCGAUCUUAUGGACCUGUUUGGAACUGAUGUGCCCAUUGAGGGUGCUGAAGCCGGACAUUUUGCGUGGCGGGAUGCCCCCUUUCUACGUGCCAUGCAGAACGGAGAGUGGGUUCUCCUUGACGAGAUGAACCUCGCAUCUCAGUCUGUCCUAGAAGGUCUCAAUGCCUGUCUGGACCAUCGUGGGGAGGUCUACAUAUCUGAACUCGAUCAGACUUUCAAGCGCCACCCAGAUUUCCGUCUAUUUGCUGCUCAAAACCCACAUCACCAAGGUGGUGGACGCAAAGGGCUGCCGAGCUCCUUCGUAAACCGCUUCAUUGUCGUUUAUGCCGAUGUCUUCAGUGAGGAUGACUUGCUGCUUAUUGCACAGCACAAUUUCCCAGGAGUACCUACUGAUACUGUCAAGAGGCUGAUCACAUUCAUAUCAAAACUUGACGAGGAACUUGUCGUCGGAAGAUCCUUUGGCACUCAAGGAGCACCAUGGGAAUUCAAUCUUCGAGACACUCUCAGAUGGCUGCAUUUGCUCACGUCUACAGACCCGCUUCUGGCAACUGGCAAGGUUGAUGACUUCCUUGAUGUUGUUAUCAGACAGCGAUUCAGGACUACGAGAGACAGAGAGGGGGUCGACAAUCUCUUCACUGAAGUCUUUGAAUCACAUCCAAAGAAGCACCAGCUAUAUCACAACAGAAGCUCUUCUUCUGUUCAAUUUGGAUUAGCAUUGAUGCCUAGAAACCCACUUCUCCAGCCAUCGUCUCUUCCCUGCAUAGACGAAGUCUCUAGACUCUCCGAAAUCGAAUCCGUCUUGAUAUGCGUUAAGCAAAGUCUCCCCUGCAUCAUUGCAGGACCUUCGGGCAGUGGCAAAUCUGCCCUGCUUGAGCAUGUUGCUUCGCUUCUAGGCAGGUCACUUGUUAUCUUCCCCAUGAAUGCCGACAUCGACACGAUGGAUCUUGUCGGUGGCUUUGAGCAGCACGAUCCUCUACGAGAAGUCAAUGUUUCACUGCAAGAACUUCUCGAGGCUCUUCAACGUUCUGCCGUUGGAAUACUGCCGGAAGCCGCUCCAGAUGUGGCCUUAGAUCUGCUGAAUCGCCUCGAGGGGCUUGAUGGACAAACGUAUGAGCCCGAGGACAUAUUACAAAAAGUUCGUGCCCUGCAAGACCAGAUCUCUCUCGAUUCAGAACUUGCAGCCCUCUUGUCCAAUGUGGAAUCACUCCUCAUGAGAUCAACUGCGAUUCGAGAUCCAACUUUCGAGUGGUUGGAUGGGAUCAUCGUCCAAGCGUUACAAAGGGGACAAUGGCUUGUUCUGGACAAUGCAAAUCUUUGCAGCUCGUCGGUUCUUGACCGGUUGAACUCCUUAUUGGAACCCGAUGGCUCCUUAAUUAUCAACGAACAUUGCGGACCCAACGGUGAGCCGAGAAUCGUCAAGCCCCAUCCCGACUUUAGAGUGUUCUUAACCGUGGACCCUCGCUACGGCGAGCUUUCGAGAGCAAUGAGGAAUCGUGCUAUUGAAAUUCAUAUCGACCUUCACGACCGUGAGCGGCCUGGCUAUCUCCCGAUGAUCUCUCAAGUUGAGUCAAAACUACGAAGAUUUGAGCUUCUGAAUUCCGCUGUGACUGCAGAAGCCACAGAAUUUGCCAGUGGAACUCACUUUAGUCACCUGGCUGCAGACAUCCUUUCGUCCAGCGACAUGACGCUGUUCAAAAAGUAUCGUCAGCACUACAAACACCAGUUGGUGCGCAGAGGCCCCCGCGCAAUGGCCGAGGACAAAUGGUCAGGAAUUUGGCUUCAGAGUUUAGAGCGACUUGUUUCUUUUGUUGGGUCUCAGUCGCCAUUGAGAGACGACAUUCAACAUACAACCCACAACAUGUAUACCUCUUUGUCCGAGUCCAUUUCUCCAGGACUUAGCGAUGUACAACCCCUUCACCCACUCCAGAAUUCCUCUAUGAUGCCACUACUUCAUGGAGCUGCGACUGGGCUCCCGAUGUGGUUGGCAACUUGUCACGAGCUCUUCCUCGACCUUGUGAAAGCCAAAUCUGAAUUAGAGUCGCAAGGUCGUGUCAGUAGUAGCCAGCCCUCUGCCUUAACCCGUCUUCAAAGAUCAUGUAUCGCUGGACGGGUCGCUGGCCUCAAAGAUUCUACCGUGCACGCUGCCAAGUUUCUGCAGGGUACUUUAGAUGCCAUCGAAACGUUUGUCCGCGCUCAACUUAUGAGUCCUGUCUUUUGGAAAGAGCGCAAGUACUUCCUGAAAGCCAUUAUGCACUACUGGUGGCGGACCUUCCAUGUGCUGUCCAAGGACCCAGGGCAAUUGGAUAGGUUUAACGAAGCACGUUUUCAGGCUCAUCUCACCCAAGGUGCCCAGACCCUCUCCAGAUUCAUAUCGCAAACUACAGAUACGACAGCUCAGGAGUUGGCCUCGUAUCUCUUGGGUGGGCUAGAGGAAAGCUUUGUGGCUGGUUUCAAACUCUCUACGGGGCUGAGCAUGGAGCCCCUGUGGAGAGCCUUUAAGCCCAUUCCUGUGACAAGUAUAGAGAUGCGAUCCCGAAUUGACCAAAUGGAGAAUCUAGCACAACAGUUCGAUUGGCUCAGAUGGGACACAAGAGCAACCAUAGACGAGAUCACCAAAGUCACAAGCUCGCUCGUCGAGGCCUAUCGCUUCAUUCGCAAUGACGAACCCAACUGCGGAAAUUUACUCAAGACUGUUGAUCUCGAAAUGAAGCAACUACUUGCUCGGCCUCCUGGCAAAUUGAGACGUACACCACUUCUGGCGCCCGAAUUCGAGCAUCUGCGUCAACUUGCUGUUCUGGACGCCAUCUCAGAACAAAGGGCCCUUUCACCAGAAGUCAACGAGGUGGUGGUGCUUUCAAACCUCCCCAUCAUCGUUCAGAUGCGCCUCCAUGGUGGGUCUUCUACAUCGCAGCCUUUGCACUCCAUUGGCUAUCUCAUGGGUUCACAUCAUGUCUUCCGUCCGGAAUUUGACAGACCUGCAACACAGAUGCACCCCUGGACUGAGAAUUUAUCUACCAUGGUGUUCUCGAGACUCGACUCAAUUGGUUCUGCAAACCUCCAGUCUCUGCAGUUGCUUGAAGAGGAGCUUCCUGCCCUGGCAAGUCAGAUCGCAAAGUCUUCCGAGGCUGUGACAAACGAUGCAUUGGAUAAACUUGAAGAUGGUUUAUUGGCCUUGAUCAAGAGUGCAGUAGCAGCGCUCGGUGAAGAGUUUUCUGCCAACUUCGCCUUGCUCCAGCAACGUCUCGUUGAAACCCUUGAGACCUCGCCACCUAACAUGGACAAAGAUGGGCUUGUAUUCAACACGCAACAGCAAAUACCCGAAGCCGACAAUGCGUCGACUCCUGAAAUCGUGUCUCAACAUUUCGUGCCAGCAAUGGUGUCACUCUGGGCUGCCAACAAAGGCACGCAACCAAGACGAGCCUAUCUCGCAAAUGCUUGGGUUCAAUUUGCAAUUGCGUUAAUCAAGCUCUACGUCCCUGACAAGAUGUACGACCCGCAGUUGCGACCCCUCGUCGAGUUGCAAAGCUAUGAUGAACUUCAAACAGAGCUUACUACGCAAUUGGCAGCUCUCCAACGGUUUGAGACCUUUUUCACCGGUCAACCCACAAACUUCAGGGCUCAAUUGCUUGAAGAGGAGAUCCUCAACCUCGGCGCAAGGCCGGAUGGGUUCCAAACCGUGUAUAGGGAUACGCAUUCUCCAGCCUCCUUGAAAGAAUUUCGCGAGUUGCAGGGAGAGUUCAACGGUCUUUUAAAGAGUGUUCUAGGUGCCGACAUCACAGCAGCGUUCUUCCAGCAUUGCUUUGGGUCUGGGAAUGCCAGCCAACAACUUCACGUAAUUCGAGAGAACGUCCUGCAGAUCCUGUCGCGCAUGACAAACCGAGGCUUCCGAGAAUUCGAAGACUUGAAAGUGCCAGUGGUCAAUAUUGUCCACUGUCUGGAGAUUGGUAUUUCACUGGCUGACGGUGCAGUCGUGCUGAACGCAACCAAAACCAUGCCAGCAACUGCUCUUCUGGACGUCGUGCCAUUCGUGGGUGGAAUAAUCAACAGAUCUACAGAGAAGAAAACCACAAUGGACGGACUGGACUUACUCGCGUAUGCCGGGACUAUGUCGUCUGUGGAAGGUGUCUGUAGUGCAGACAGUUCAAUGCGUCGUACCGUCUUCCAGGCGAUACAUUCACUGUACGAGCAAUGGAGUCAGAAGCUUGAAUCCGACCGCGUGGUAGAACAGCAAAAGAAAAGCAUGUAUCGCUACCGAGGAGGUCUUGACAAAGCCGAAGCAGCAGAGAAGGAGGACUUCCAAGAGCUUUUCCCAAGCUUUGACAACGACGAGGCACAGUCCAUUGGUAACCCCCGAAUCAACGAUGCGCAAAGCAUGGCCGUCAGGUUGGCAGAAGUGCAUGAAGCCAUAUUCUCAUCGCCCCACGAUCCUGCUGAGAGUAUCAAGGACUUGUGCAAGCUUGCAAUGCGCAGAGUGUCGAAUGGCGACAAGAGCCAAGUCUCAGACCGCACACUGCUGCCUGCCACAAUCUUAAUUCUGGGAGAGAAACUCGCCGAGUUCAACUCCGCCACCACAGCGGCGUCGUACAACUUCUACACUGAUGCAAAUAUUCCAGAAGCACGUCGAUUGGUUGCCCUCGUCAACAAUGUUCGGGCGCGCUUCCGCGAGCUACAACAAUUUGAUGAGAUCGGGCACAUGCAGCCCCUGGAGGACGUCAUAGUCGCAUGUGACAAUGUCCUGGAAUUGAGUCACUCUGAGCCCCUGGCAAGGAUCAUAAUGCGUCUCGAACGCCUACACGGGUUCGUCUAUGAAUGGCAAUUCGGUGGUUGGGCAAGCAAAGUGCAUCAAGUACUUCCGCUAUACAACCAGCUCACUGAUAUGCUUGUCGGGUGGCGGCGAGUGGAACUCUCAACUUGGGCCAACUUAUUCGACGUGGAGGCCAGAAAAUGUGAGGAUGAUGCCAAAUCCUGGUGGUUCGUUGCCUACCAGGCGAUCAUUGCUGGCCCCAUGUCCCUCGCGCAAUCAGGAGAGAGUCUUCAGGAUCAUGCUGCCAACUUGCUUAGGGAGUUAGAAACGUAUUUCUCAUCGGCAGUCAUCGGUCAGUUUGCCGGCCGUUUAAAACUGUUGAGGCAACUACAAAAGCAACUUGAUAUCCUGAUCCUGGACUGGCCUUCCAUGUCCGUGAUCCGGAAUGCUUUGCAAAACUUUGUUGGAUUCUAUGCUCACUUCGAGAAGGUGGUGCAGGAGACUAUCCAACGAGGUCGAGCGCCCAUUGACAAGAAGAUGAAGGAUGUUCUGCUGCUAGCAAGCUGGAAAGACACCAAUAUCGCCGCCCUUCGAGAAAGCGCUCGGAGGUCCCAUGAAAAGCUCUUCAGACUCGUGAAGAAAUUGCGCGAUAUCCUUGGCCAGUCACUCAAGACCAUUAUUGAUCAAGGACUUCCAGACGAAGAGUACUCAGACUACAAAGACGGCAAGGCGCAUGCAAACAUAGUUGUUGACCAGGGAGCGCUUUUACAGUGUGAAAGCAGCAUACCAAGCUGGACUACGGAUUACAAACGUCUCGCAAACGUACAAAAAACAGUCGAGAUCAUGACCAAAAUAGGUCGUGUCCCAGGUACCAGCGUUGAUGCAGCUGACGAAAUCACUUCGUUCCUCUCCGAUUUGAGUACUUCGAUUAUUGAACUACGCAAAGCAACACCUCCGUUCUUGACUGAAGAGAACAAGGAACAGGUCAAGCAUCUCAAGUCACGCAAGCGCAAGCUCUUUGCGGAGAUCCUCAGAGAUGUUCGAGAGAUGGGCUUCCACUACAAUCUUGGCGUGGACGACCUAACCCAGCAGGACUCUCUUUCCAAAGUCCUAGCCGAAUCAGACUAUAUGGGGUCCCACGUCAAAAGCACGGAAUACUACUUCCAUAAGACUCUGGAUUUCGCACCUCGAAUCCGUAAUGCGGCGCAAACCCACUCGGAAGAACUCACAGGGGCAGAAAUCAGCAGGGGCAUAGGCUUCCUUGAGGGCAUACUUCAUGCCAUUCUCAUUCAACGACGUGCCUUGUCGGCUGCUUACAAAGACAUUGAGGCUCUAGAGAAGAGUACUGAGAAGAUCAGUGCCCUGGCUACUUCGAGAAACAGCGAACCAAUCCAGAAGACGAAGAGAAGCACCAACGUUCCCAAGGUGUCUCUGUGGAUUGUCCAUAUUCUUGAUGUCGGGCGUCAGCUUGUUGAGCUCCAUGGGAAAUUCGGUGGCAUCAACAACGGUACGGUCUUGAAGAUGCUCAAGAGUUGGAUUGAUACUAUGUCACCUUUUCCCUCAAAGUGGAGGGCCAUAAAAGAUUUGCCUCCAGGGCUUGUCUCAGUUGAGCGUCUGGCGAUUGAAGACGAGGUAAUAGCACUGCUGAAUAAUAUUGAACAGGAACUGCAGAGCGCCUGCAAAGACCGCCCCGACCUGGCCUUCUUGUUUGAGCAGGUUCGAAUGUGGACUUCGUUUGAUGAGCAGCUAGUCGAGCAUCCAGAAGCACGCGAUGAUAGUCAAGAUGUAUUGUUCAGUGCUGUCAAGAGACUUAGCGACAGCGUUCUCGUUGCCGUCGAACAGUUCAGCAAAGCCAUUGCCAAGCUGCCCACCUCUGAUGAGGACCCCGGUUGGCUCGUCAAAUACGAUGCGGCCAUGGCAAUGUCAGUCAAAGCUCUUCAUAUUGACAAGAUCGAAAAGCAGGUCGAGGCAACUAUGGCCGCAUUCUCACAGCUCCACCUUGACAAUCCCAAGGUCAACAACUUGGCAUCUUCGUUAUUGGCAACCGUGUCUCCCAUUCUUCAGCGGUACCAAUCGACUUGCCAAGAGAUUGUUUCCAAAUAUGCCAACCUCCACCACAGUACUUGCAAGAUGGCUUGUGCACUGAACAAGAACUUUGUUCAGCUCGCUAGCCAAGGAUUCUGCACGCCUCUAGAGAAAUCGGAAGAGAAAUCAGGCGAAACGGGUGAGCUUGAGAGUGGUCAGGGACUUGGUGAUGGAGAGGGUGCCGAUGACAUCAGCAAAGAUAUUCAGCCUGAUGAAGACCUUUCGGAGUUGGCUCAAGAGAAGAACAAAGAGUCCAAAGAGGAUGAGCUGGAGAACGAAAAGGAUGCCGUCGAUAUGGCGGAUGAGGAUAUGGAAGGAGAUAUUGGCAGUGUCGACGCCGAAGAGGAUGAUGAAAAGGGGUCAAAGUCGGGUGAUGAAGAGGACGGAGAGGACGACAUAGAUGAGGAGGCGGGCAAUGUUGACGACUUGGACCCUACUGCCGUUGAUGAGAAAAUGUGGGACGGUGAGAAUGACGACGAGGCGGAAAAGGACCAGCAAGGAGAGAAGUCCAAGGGCAAGGAAAAGAAAGACGAGCAGAUGGCUGCGGAUCAGAAACCGGACAACAAAGAUGCUCAGCCCGAGGACACCAGCGAUGAAGGUGAGGAAGAUAAGGAAGAUAAGGAAGAUCUUGACGCCGAGCAGGAUGAGGAUGUUCAGUUUGAUGAGACCAAUCAUCAAGACCAGAAUGUCCAAGACCAGGAUACGUUGGCGUUGCCUGACGACAUGGCUAUCGAUGGCAAGGAUGACGAGUCGAUGUCCUCAAUCAGCGAUACUGAACUGGACGAUCUGUCAGAUGUGGACCAGGAGGAAGAACAGGACACAAAGGAGCAAGGUGAAAAUAGCGAUAUGGAGAGUGAGAGUGGUGAGGCUGCGGACAUGACCAUCCCGGCGGAAGACGACCGUAAUGAAGAUGAUGAGAAGGACGAGAACUCGGAUGACGAUGACAACGCAAACAUCCAGGAGGAUCAGGAGAUGGACCUCGAUCCGGAGGCGAAUGAGGUACUGCCAGAGGAACAGGAGAAGGCCGAGAAACCUAGUAUGAAUGAAGCCGAGACCGACACCGCGAAUGUUGCGCCGAGUGAUGUGAGAAACGGCGGGCAAGACGAUGACCCCAACCAGGAUCAAGACAACUCGGACAACAAUACGUCACAGCGGGAAAAUGGUGAGAUGGGCGACAACGCCGCAGACCAAGAUGCGUCGUCCAGCGGCAACAAGGGCACCCUGUCGCAAAGCCAGGAACAGCCAGCACAGUCCGAGAUGGAGGAUGCUAAGGACGACUCCUCCACCAAGCAACCCUUCAGAGCACUUGGUGACGCGUUGGAGAAAUGGCACAGGCAGCAGCGUGAGAUCAAAGAGGCAUCCCAAUCAGAUGAGUCCCAGCAGCAGCAACAGCAAUCGGGAGAAAAGCCAGAUCCCACAGAGCAAGAGAUGGCAUCCAAAGAAUUCCAGCAUCUCCAGAAUGACGACUCCGCUGCAGAUACACAGGCGAUCGGGACAGCCACUGAAGAAGAAUCACGGCCCUUUGAUGAUACCAUGGCCAUUGACGACGAGAAUGAAGCCCAGGAUAAGCGAGUUAUGCCCGAAACCGAAGAGCCAAAACAGGGAGUGGAUAACGAUGAGGACGACGAUAAGAUGGAUACGUCUGAGCCGGUCGAAUCCCAGAGCAAACAGGAAACUCAGAAAGAUGACUCUCGUACUGGAGUUUCCACUCGGCAAGGCAACUGGGAUGCCACGCCUCCACCCCAGGGAAUAGAGCGUGAUGAGCAGGGGGAAGAGAUGGUUGAGGAGACCUCGGUCCAACUCUCGUCAACUCACUUAUCGGAGCCCGACGAAGUGAUGAAAGAUUUUGGGGAGUCAAUGCAACAAUGGACUGCCUUCCAGACCAAGACCAACCCGCUCUCGCUGUCGCUCACGUCGCAACUGCGAUUAAUUCUGACGCCAUCUCAAUCCACCAAACUCUCUGGAUCUUACCGCACCGGCAAGCGUCUGAACAUCAAGCGCAUCAUUCCCUACAUAGCUUCGAGCUAUAAGCGUGACAAGAUUUGGAUGCGCCGGGCCAUUCCGACAAAGCGCUCAUAUCAAAUCCUCCUCUGCGUUGACGACAGCAAGAGCAUGGGCGAAUCUAGCUCUGGCAAUCUUGCCCUUGAAUCCCUUGUCAUGGUCUCUCGCGCACUUAGCAUGCUCGAGGUAGGCCAAAUCGGUGUUCUCGGCUUUGGCGCCAACACAUUCAUGGCGCACGAAUUCAACGAGCCCUUCGCCUCGCACGACGCCGGCGCCAAAGCACUACAGAGAUUCUCCUUUCAGCAGGACACCACCGACAUCCGGCUCCUAGUACGCGAGACCAUCGCGCGUUUCCGGCAAGCGCGGCUGCAGAACCCCGGCCACGGCGGCGACGACCUUUGGCAGCUAGCCCUGAUCCUCUCCGACGGCCUGACGCCAUCCAACGAGCACGAGGAUAUCCGCAGGCUGCUCCGAGAGGCCAUGGAGGACCGCAUCAUGGUCGUCUUCAUUGUCAUGGACGACACGGCCAACAAGAAGAAGGACAGUGUGCUGAAUCUGCGGAAGGUACAGUUCGUCAAGGAUGCCAUAGGGAACCUGACGGGCGAUAUGAAGAUGGACUACUAUCUUGAUAGCUUCCCAUUCCAGUAUUACUUGAUUGUGCAUAAUCUGGAAGAUCUACCUGGGGCGUUGGCGGGGCUGCUGAGGACGUGGUUUGCGGAGGUAAAUGCCUAG